AUGACACAAGGUAUGACACUGGGCGAACGUGCUGAACCACGAAAAAAAUCAAGCUAUAAUUUGAAAGGUGUGUACGUUCUUUAUCUUUUUUAAUCGAAUUUCGCCGUUAAAACUUCAAACAACAUCGUAUAUUCAGAAGUGUAGUUCUUUUUUGUCCUCUAUGUGAUUCUUUAUCAGCGGGGGUGAUGAACGUAUUGGGUCAUUUCACUUCCUGUUUUAACCAUUCGGACUACGGUACCCAUCGCAUGCUAAAACUGCACCUAAAAUAACCAACCAAUUAAUUUUUAAAAUACGUGUUCGGUAUAAUUCACCCCAGGGUAAUGAAACAAAGUCCGAGAGAAACGAAUCAUUCUUUAUGAACUCACCUCAGUGCCAAACGGCUAUUAUGAAAUAUCAUCAGGGGGUGGGUGUUUAUUCGAAGAAGGAAGCCUAUUAAAGCUUGGGCACUUAUUAGUUAAGAUAUGUGGAAAAAAAAACCACAAGAAAGUGCGAUCUGGAAUAAGACAUCCAAGAAUAAGCAAUUGUGAGACAAAAACAAGAUUACUUUUCAAAUAUCCUUUAUGUAAAUGCUUUGCGCAAUUUUCGCCAGAGUCAGCGAAACGUGCCCUUCCAAAACAAACACUCUAGUUCUUUCUCAAUGCCAUUCUUAGUGUGCGUCAAUGUUGGGUUGAUUACUUUGCAACGUUUACUUUGCAGCACCCAAAUUCCAUGACAUGACUGACAUGAAAGACAAUACCCUCACAUGAAAGGCAAGUAAAUUUUUAAUCUAGUUUACCCCAGGGCAAUGAGAAAACAUCUGAGAGGCCAUUCAUUGCUGGUUUUCAAAUGUAAAUUGCCUUGCUGUUAUGCUAACUAGAUACUGGUCUCUAUCACAACAUGGUCACCUUCAGCCUCACUCCAAAUCAAAGGCUUGGCAACUAAGUACAUAACUGUUAAGUGGACUAUUGUCAGCCAAAGACUAUGAUAUUGAAUAGGUGUGGUGAAACGUUUCAAUAUUUUUUAGUUCUUUUGAUUAUGUGUUAGGAGCCUAAUUAAGUUUCUUACUUCUUUGUUGCAAUUCGUAAACAGCACGUCAAUGACAUGCGCAGUUCUGUUCUAUGAAAUGCUAUAAAAGGAAUCUCAUAGAUAGUCCCAAAUUUGUCUUCUGGAGUCUCGUAAGACGUCAAGAAAAAGUAGUCCUCUAAAAAAGGCUUGGAAAACAAAGGUUAGGAAAAAUCUCUCGAAAGGUGUAGCUGGAAAUCAGAAGCCUACUAUUGGAAACACAAAAAAAAUGUGUCAGUCUUGUUUUAAAUACUAACAAUUGAUAGGUCAACUCCUCCCAAAAUUACAUUGGCCCGAUUCAGAAGAGCCGUUUUGGAAAGUUGAAAAUUCUUGCCUUCUUCAACCGCUCAUUUCUCGAGAUUUUCAUUGCCUUUAUUGAUGGAAUUUUAACCUUAAAGCCUCGUCUGUGCAAAAACGGGAUUUAAUGCGAAGUAACCAAUCAUAGUAAAUUCAUUUACAUUUGUUUUGUUAUUUCCAUGUCAAUCUAUUCCAGGUUUGAUCCAUCAUGUCCAUCAAGUUGUACGACGGAAGCGGUUUGGGCCAGGAGUUUUCAGAUUCAGAGAAGGACCUGACAAAGGAUGGUGUUUCCAUCGUAAUAGCCGAUGUUACCUCAGGGACUUGGAUCUUCUACACCUAAAAUAA